AUGCAGGGAGAAAAGACUAUUCUAUCCAUUCAAUCCUUCGUGACCCACGGCUACGUGGGUAAUAAGGCUGCCACCUUUCCACUUCAGCUGCACGGCUUCGAUGUGGAUGCCAUCAACACAGUGAGUGUAUCCAAUCACAGUGGCUAUCCCAUUAUCCGUGGACACCGCAUGGAUCUGCAGGAGUACGAAACUCUCAUGGAAGGUAUUCGUGCGAACAACUUCCUAUCCAGCUACCGCUACUUACUCACAGGUUACAUCAAUAACCCAGAGAUCAUCCUGAAAGUCUCUGAGACACUGAAGGAACUGCGUGCAUUAAGAGAGAAGGAAGGCAAAGAAGUGACAUUUUUCUGUGAUACGGUUAUGGGAGAUGAUGGUAUCAUGUACUGUAAACCAGAGGUCAUUGAGGCAUAUCGUGAGCUGAUCAAGUUUGCUGAUAUUGCGACGCCAAACUACUAUGAAGCGGGUUUGUUAAGUGGCAUCAACAUUACAGACAUGGAAAGUGCUAUCAAAUGUGUUGAUUGGUUUCAUGCACAGGGAACCAAGACUGUUAUCAUUAAAUCAUUCCGUACAAAGGAAGAGCCCACACAAUUGCAAUUCCUCAUCUCAAGUAUUAAAAUACAAAAUGAUGAUAAUAAUAAAGUGCCUGCCACACCCCGCCGAUGGACUGGUAUAGUGCCCUAUCAUGAGGGCCGCUAUACAGGAACUGGGGAUCUCUUUGCUGCCUCGCUACUGGCCUUCUCUCAUGAUCAUCCAUUGGAGAUUGCCGUUGGAAAGGCCAUGGCUGUGCUGCAGGAUACAAUUCUCGAGACUCGUAAAGAGGGCGGUGAUGGUAACAGUUCUUUGGCCAGUAGGGAACUGCGGGUAACAAAGUCACCAAAUAUACUUUUGAAUCCUGUCACAGUUGUAGUUGUAAAACCCAUGUGA